UUUUUUCAUUUAAUUACUCACAUACCCACAAAUCCCCACUCUUCACUCUUCACUCUUUCACACUCACUCACCCUAUAUAUAAAUAUAAACCCUUUUCAACCAAAACUGUCUUCUAUUACCAUCAUCACACUAAACCCUUUAGUGACUAGCAAAUAGCUCAGACACAGAGACACAUAUAUAUAUAUAGAGAGAGAGAGAGAGAGAGAGAAUGUGGAUGAUGGGUUACAGUGAUGGUGGAGAGCUCAACUUCUCCGAUUCAUUCAAUGGCAGGAGGCUCCGCCCUCUGAUUCCGCGACCAGCUUCUUCUAUCUCCUCCACCACCACUUCCACCACCACCAAUCCUCCAUGUUUAAGCCGUCUUCAUGGCUCUGAUCUUCUUGCAUUCAAUCACCAUCUUUCCACUAUGACUGAUCAAAACAAGAGAGACUUCAAUCCACACCAGGUUGUAGUGAGUUCGCGCUGGAAUCCAACGCCGGAGCAGUUGCAGACACUCGAAGAAUUGUAUCGGCGUGGCACUCGAACGCCUUCUGCAGACCAAAUUCAGCAUAUCACAGCACAGCUUCGCCGAUAUGGAAAGAUUGAAGGGAAAAAUGUGUUCUACUGGUUUCAAAAUCACAAGGCUAGAGAACGUCAGAAGCGCCGCCGUCAACUUGAAUCUGUCUCCUCCGAUGACCUUUGCCUCGAUGUCGAAAAUAUCGAAAGGAAAGAAUCAGGGGCAAAUAGGACAGGUUAUGAAGUUGAACAGACCAAGAGCUGGGCACUUCCUACAAACUGCAGUACACUAUCAGAGAAAACUGUUUCAACAACACAAAGGGCAGCACCAAAAGCAGCGGCAGCGGUACCAGAAUGUGGAGCAGAAGAUGGAUGGGUACAGUUCGAUGAGGAGGAGGGAGAAUUACAGCAGAGAAACUUGGUAGAAAGGAAUGCCACGUGGCAGAUGAUGCAUUUGUCUUGUUCACCACCUCCCACCCACCUCAUAAACCCUAGUACUACUACUACUUCAAUUGUCACCACUACCACUACUACUAAUACUAUUCCUAAUUCAGAAACAAUAACUAUGGACCCAAACCUCAUAAAGACUUCUCGAGAAGACCUGAACAUCUUUGUAGCACCCUACAGAGAUCAAACAGGCCGUAGGGCUUCUCAAACACUCCAACUUUUCCCUCUCCGGAGCAGCCGUGACGGUGACGAAAACACCGACAACGAGGCCAAGAUGUCGGCAGCAGCCGCAGCGGCCAUGAACCCUAACUUCACUCCUUACCAGUAUUUUGAGUUUCUCCCACUAAAGAAUUAAAUUAUGAAUGAAAAAAGGAAAAAGAAAGAAAAAGCAUGAGCCAUGUGGGAAGCUGAAAAGAGUGAGCUUUCAGUUUGCUAUUUAUGUAAAAUGAUGGAUUGUGUUUAGAUUUUGUAUUGUUGUUGGAAAACAAGUGAUGCUUUAAA